GGAGCUGGGCAGCUGCCGCGCGCCCCGCCGAAAGCGGGCGCAGGACUCUUGCAACCGAGCUCCGGCUCCGGUGGGGUCCCCGCCCCCGGGGCCCCGCCCCGCCCCCCUCACGCCUUCACCCACGGGACCCUCUUGCCUGUCCGGCGCGGAGGAAGGAAGGCGGUCCUCGACGGCUGCUGGAAGGUGCUAGCCCGCCCCGGAUGGGCAUCGUGGGACCGGGCUGCGGAGACAUGCUGACAGGCACCGAGCCGAUGCCGGCGAGCGACGAGGGCCGGGCGCUUGGCGCCGACCCGCAGAACCGCUACUUCUACCCCGAGCCAGGCGCGCAGGACGACCGUCGCGGGGGCGCCGGCCUGGGAGCGCCCUACGCCGGGGGCGCCCUGGUGCCCACCCCGCCGGGCCGAUUCAUUGGAGCCUACGCCUACCCGCCUCGGCCCCAGCCGGCCGGCUUCCCCGGGGCUGGCGAGCCCUUUCCGCCGACGGCAGGCGCCGAGGGCUACCAGACUGGGGACGGCUUCGUGGCCCCGGACCCGCGCGCCGGACUCUUUCCCGGGACGCGCGAGGACUAUGCGCUGCCGGCGGGACUGGAGGUGUCGGGGAAACUGAGAGUCGCGCUCAAUAACCACCUGUUGUGGUCCAAGUUCAACCAGCACCAGACGGAGAUGAUCAUCACCAAGCAGGGCCGGCGGAUGUUCCCCUUCCUGUCAUUUACUGUGGCCGGGCUGGAGCCCACCAGCCACUACCAGAUGUUCGUGGACGUGGUUCUGGUGGACCAGCACCACUGGCGGUAUCAGAGUGGCAAGUGGGUGCAGUGUGGAAAGGCCGAGGGCAGCAUGCCAGGAAACCGCCGGUACGUCCACCCGGAUUCCCCCAACACCGGCGCCCACUGGAUGCGCCAGGAAGUUUCAUUUGGAAAGCUGAAGCUCACCAACAACAAAGGCGCCUCCAACAACAUCACCCAGAUGAUCGUGCUCCAGUCCCUCCAUAAGUACCAGCCCCGGCUGCACAUCGUCGAGGUGACCGACGGAGAGCCGGACGUGGCCUGUGGCACUUCCAACACACACAUCUUCACUUUCCAAGAAACCCAGUUCAUCGCCGUGACCGCCUACCAGAACGCCGAGAUUACUCAGCUGAAAAUUGAUAAUAACCCUUUCGCCAAAGGAUUCCGUGAGAACUUUGAGUCCAUAUAUGCGUCUGUUGACACCAGUGUCCCCUCCCCGCCUGGACCCAACUGUCAAUUGCUUGGGGGAGACCAUUACUCGCCUCUCCUACCCAACCAGUAUCCUGUUCCCAGCCGUUUCUACACUGACCUUCCUGGCCAGGCAAAGGAUGUGGUUCCCCAGCCUUGGGGGAGUUGGCUGGGAGCUCCCCGGGACCACAGCUAUGAGGCCGAGUUCCGAGCUGUCAGCAUGAAGCCUGCAUUCCUGCCCUCUGCCCCUGGGCCCCCCAUGUCCUACUACCGAGGCCAGGAGGUCCUGGCACCUGGAGCUGGCUGGCCCAUGGCCCCCCAGUACCCUCCCAAGAUGGGCCCAGCCAGCUGGUUCCGCUCCAUGCGGACUCUGCCCAUGGAAACUGGUCCUGGAGCUUCCGACGGGCGGGGGCCCGAAGACCAGGGUUCCCCCUCGGUGUGGACUGAGAUCACCCCCAUCCGGCCAGAGUCCAGUGACUCGGGACUGGGCGAAGGAGACUCUAAGAGGAGGCGUGUAUCUCCUUAUCCUUCCAGCGGCGACAGCUCGUCCCCCGCUGGGGCGCCUUCUCCUUUUGAUAAGGAAACGGAAGGCCAGUUUUAUAACUAUUUUCCCAAUUGAGCAGAUGAUGCAGUGAAACAAAAGGAAACAGCGUUAUUAGGUUGGAGGACACCAGGGAACAUACACAGCAGACUCAGGACUGAGAGGUCCCCAGCUCCUUCUGUCUCUUCUCCUUUUGCAGUGGGUUGGGGAACAGAGAGGCCAAGAAGGAAUUGGGGUGCACUUGCUGCUUCCUGGCCCACAAUGAGGGAGCGCCCCUGCCCCUUCCCUUGCCCUAACUACAGUCAUUUACCUGGUGCUGCUUCUG